CUGAUCCAUUAUUUAAACAUUUAGCAGGGACGAAAAACCCUAGACGGAGGGAGAGAGGUGUCGCGCCCCACGAGAUCGCAGACGCCGCACCGGAGAAGACGACGCGAGCAAUUGUUCGACGAUGGCAGCAGAAAAGAAAUUGAGUAACCCGAUGCGGGAGAUAAAAGUCCAAAAGCUCGUCCUGAACAUUUCCGUCGGAGAAAGUGGAGAUCGUCUCACGAGAGCUGCAAAGGUGCUGGAACAACUCAGUGGCCAAACCCCUGUUUUCUCUAAGGCUAGGUACACUGUGAGGUCCUUCGGUAUCAGACGUAAUGAAAAGAUUGCAUGCUAUGUCACUGUCCGGGGCGAUAAAGCAAUGCAACUCCUUGAGAGUGGAUUGAAAGUGAAGGAAUAUGAGCUGCUAAGGAGGAACUUCAGUGAUACUGGUUGCUUUGGAUUUGGUAUUCAGGAGCACAUUGAUCUUGGAAUCAAGUAAGUUGCCCAACUCUAGUUUUUUCAUUUUUUUGAAAAUGUUCUCCCUCAGUUUAAUAAUUUACAUAAAUUUUGGGGAAAAAUGCCUCAAUGAAAGCAUAGAAGGCCAUUUCCAUUUCAACAAUGGUAUUUUGAUGGUCUUGGUGCCGGUUUGGAAGAUGUUGUUAGCCACCUCAGACACAACUAUACUAGCUUUAGCAUCCCGUCUAUUUUAGCCAUGCUUUAAGUAGUCUCUUGACUGCAAAUGUUUAAGGCAUCCCAAAAAGAACUCGGCUUCCUUUUCAGCUGUCCCACAAAAAAAAAUCACUUUUUGCUUAAACUAUGUGAAAAAGCGAACGAGAACUUACAGAGGCCAAUUGAGUAUGUCAUUGCCACAUGCUGAUUUAUAACUAAUUUUUCAGGCCUUCAGUGCUGAGUGAUGGUAUAACAGUCAUGCUAAUCUUAGUUUUGUUUUUCCAAAAAUAAUAAUAAUAACCAUAUUCAUGAAACAGGUAUGAUCCCUCAACUGGUAUUUAUGGUAUGGAUUUCUAUGUUGUCUUGGAACGUCCUGGUUUCCGCGUUGCACGUCGAAGAAGGUGCAAGUCCCGUGUCGGGAUCCAGCACAGAGUAACUAAGGAAGAUGCAAUGAAGUGGUUCCAGGUCAAGUACGAGGGUGUUAUCCUUAACAAGUCCUCCAACCUUACAUCUUAGGGGUGGGUUGUCCUUUCAAUUUCAGACUUGUUGUCUUCUAAUCUUUUUAAGUGCACCAACAAUUUGUUUUUUUUUGAGUUAUAAAGUUUUGAUUUAUGGAUAUGCUGCUCAAGAUUUGUCAUGAGAUGAUUUUAUCUUAUUUCUUUGUGGAGUAUCUUAUCUUUUCU